AUGUCGAUCGCCUAUCCAGAGGGAGAAUGCUUCUUCAAGCGCUCCGCAUUGAAGACCUCCACCUAUGAUCCGGACAAACCAGAGCAUUUCUAUGCCCACUUUAUGAUCGAGUAUAUCUGGAACCGGCCAGCCUUUCAUGGCUCCGAUAGCACCACGUCCCAGUAUGAACUCUACUACCAUCCGCGCUCCGCAUACAGAGUGGUGAAGGGGGAAAACUGGAACACCAAUUAUGGAAACUGGGAUCGCAUCUCCAUCUUGUAUGGUAAAAAUCCCCACAGCGAUAAAUACAGAUGUGUGGAGCAUAAUCUCUGUGUUAACGGAAACCGCUUCCGGGAUCAGGAGAAAGGAGGUUCUCUGGAACCGUGGUUUAUGGUGAUGCCGAUGCCAUUGUUCGCCAAGCGAGAGGAGUGGAUACUUAUUGAUCGGACAGCAUGCAUCCGCGCGAUCUACAUCCCAGUCGCGCAGCAGGCCUCGGAGGACUAUCCGGAAGUAUGCACGUUCCUGCAUGUCAAUCUGGCAAUCCAGAGGGAUGUUAGCAUCAUGACCCAUCGUGAGAUAAGAGAUCUCGAUACCUACAAUGAUUAUAUUAUCGUCGAUCGCGCCGAAACAUUCCCCCUGGACUCUACACUUGGCCUCGUCGUGGAUGGAAGGUGGACACUGGCAGUCAGCGUCCGCAAGCUGGUUACUCUGCUCUCGCUCCCGCGUGCACUUCGAGGUCAUAAUUGCUUCUCGUCACACAGCAUCGUGAUGGUUGAUCGGAAAUUGACACCCACCACAGGAGCAGAGGUGAAGAAGUUUUCUGACUCGGCGGAUCUGAGCUGGACCACUGUUGCCGGUGCGAACUACGGUCUGGCUAUUCAAUGGAAGCCUCCGCAGGCAACGACGUGGCUGGUCGGCUUUAUUCAAAACAGUCUGACGAUUGCGGUUGGAUUCAUUCCGGUCAUCGGUCCCCUCGCCGCGGUUUGUUUCCCAUUGGCCUGGACCGCCGUUACUAACCCUGAGAAUUUUGAAAGUACCCUCAAAUGGGUUAUUCCUGUCGCAGACCUGGCGAUGCAUGUUUCUGAGGAAGUCCGUAAAAGUGCUAAAGAGCAGGAGAAGUACUUGCCCACAGGGUGGACUGGUAAUCCCGGCGAGGUCUUCGGGUUCACAUACCGCAAGACCGAGUCUGGAACUCAGCCUGCAACGGAUAAAAAAGCUGCACCAGCAAAGUCCGUGCCUCCAGAGACUAUUAAGAAAUAUGAGGCAAUUCGCAAUUUCAAAUACUGGUCACUCAUGAAACCUGCUUCAGCCCCUGCUCCGCAGCCUGUCAAAGCAAAGGAUGCGCCUCCGAAGGCAAAACAGGUGAAAUCCGUUCCUGAGUUGCCUUUGCAGACUCCCGAAAAGCCAUCCCUUGAUGACUUAAAGCCCAGUCCGUCAUUCCAGUUUGCUUCUCAGGUUCUGUUUGGUUCGGGUGAUAUCUCGGCCACCACGGAAAAUAAUCAGGGUAUUUUUCAGAAAGACUCAGAUGAAUCUGAAGAAGCUUCGGCAAACCUCUAUGACUGGAUGGAUGACUAUCUUCACGAAGAGCUGUCUGGAGAUUAGGGAGCUGAGGGAGCUGAGGACGAGUAGAGUGGUGAAUGACAUGCUAGGAUCCAAAUUAGAUUGUGUUUUUCAUCUGGCUAUUACAAGCAGGAAUUCUCGUGGUUCCAUCUGUCGCUGUUUUGCGUCCUU